CACCCUCCAACCAGCCAAUUACCCCUUAAACACCAGGAAGCAGUCACUUCAGAGGAAGCAGGAGACCCUGAGGGCCUGAGCAGUCCCAGCAGCUGCAGCCACAAUGCUCAGGUCUCUGCCUCGGGAAGCAUCCACCUCCUUCACCUGGGACCCACCUGCUCCCCAAACCGGAGAUGGUCAAGGAGCAACACGAGGUGUCUGUGCUGGGGGCUCCCCAGAGCCCAAGGCCCGUGAUGUCCACCGUGGUCCACGUCCAGGCUGACACCGUGGUGCCCGACCACAUCGUCUGGUCCCUGUUCAACACCGUCUUCUUCAACUACUGCUGCCUGGGGUUCGUGGCGUUCGCCUUCUCCGUGAAGUCUAGGGACCGGAAGAUGGUGGGAGACAUGAUUGGGGCUCAGGACCACGGGUCCACCGCCAAGAGCCUGAACAUCGCGGCCCUGGUCUUGGGCAUCUUUAUGACCAUCGGACUCAUUGUUCUUGUGGUUUUGUACCCAGGACUCUUCUAUGUAAGGAUAGGGGCCUAGCAGAACGGCAGAGGCUUCUAGUCGCCGCCAUGGCAGGUGGCCGAGUCCUCCCCACCCCCUGCUGGCCCCCCUGGGUGCCCACCCCUUCCCCCUGCACCUGUGCACACACCUGUCUGCAGCUGAGCUCAAUAAAGUGCACCUGUGCGUGACAA